AUGCUUGCAGGUUUGGCAGGAUAUUCAGGAUUCAGGAGGAAUGCAUCGAAGGCCCGGAAGGCUGAUUUAAGGGCAAAGCAGGGUGCUGGCAGAAGGAGUUUGAGAGUGGCAGCAGAGGUUGAGUGGGACAAGCUCAGCUCAGAUGACAUUGAGACAUGGAUGGACAAUGGCAGUCCGCCAACACCACUCCUGGACACUGUGAACUUCCCUGUGCACCUGAAGAACUUCAACAUGGGGCAGUUGCGGCAGCUGUGCAAGGAGCUCCGGUCAGACAUUGUGCACACAGUGUCGAAAACCGGAGGGCACUUGGGGGCAUCAUUGGGUGUGGUGGAGCUCACAGUGGCAUUGCACUAUGUGAUGAACACUCCCGAUGACAAGAUUGUGUGGGAUGUGGGCCACCAGGCUUAUGGCCACAAGAUCUUGACGGGACGGCGAAGCAGGAUGCCCACCAUCCGCCAAACUGGUGGCCUCUCAGGGUUCACAAACCGCGCUGAGAGCGAGUACGACCCCUUUGGAGCUGGCCACUCGUCCACUUCCAUCUCAGCAGCUCUUGGAAUGGCAGUGGCUCGCGACUUCAAGGCAAGCACAACAUCUCACGACUCCAACAAGUAUCUGUGUGGUCGGAAGAACCACUGUGUGGCAGUGAUCGGCGAUGGCGCCAUCACAGGCGGCAUGGCAUACGAGGCCAUGAACCACGCGGGUUUCCUGGACAAGAACAUGAUCGUUGUCCUGAAUGACAACCAGCAGGUGUCGCUGCCCACGCAGUACAAUGGGAAGAAUCAGGACCCCGUGGGUGCGCUGUCAGGAGCGCUGGCCCGUUUGCAGGCCAACCGGCCCCUGCGCGAGCUGCGUGAGAUCGCCAAGGGCGUCACAAAGCAGCUGCCAGAGCCCAUCCAGGAAGCCACGGCAAAGAUUGAUGAGUAUGCGCGCGGCAUGAUCAGUGGGUCAGGCUCGACCCUAUUCGAGGAGCUGGGCCUGUACUACAUUGGUCCCAUUGACGGCCACAACCUGGAACUCCUCAUUACCAUGUUGCAAGAGGUGAAGUCGACAGAGACGGUGGGGCCUGUGCUGAUCCACAUCAUCACCGAGAAGGGCCACGGCUACGAGCCGGCAGUGCUCGCAUCGGACAAGAUGCAUGGCGUGGCAAAGUACGACAUCGCCACCGGAAAGCAGAGCAAGCCCAAGGCCAAGUCUGGCAGCUACACAAAUUACUUUGCGGACGCGCUGAUCGCGGAGGCUGAGCUGGACAGCCGCGUGGUGGGCAUCCACGCUGCCAUGGGCGGCGGCACUGGCAUGAACCGCUUCGAGCAGCGCUACCCCGAGCGCACCUUCGACGUCGGCAUCGCCGAGCAGCACGCAGUGACGUUUGCGGCGGGUCUGGCGGCGGAAGGCAUGAUCCCCAUGUGCGCCAUCUACUCCUCCUUCCUGCAGCGCGGCUACGACCAGAUCGUGCACGACGUGGCGCUGCAGAAGCUCCCCGUCCGCUUCGCCAUGGACCGCGCCGGCCUCGUGGGCGCCGACGGCGCCACCCACAGCGGCUUCGCUGACGUCACUUACAUGGGCGUCUUGCCCAACAUGAUCAUCAUGGCUCCCUCGAACGAGGCGGAGCUGUGCAAUGCAGUGGCAACUUCGGUGGCGAUUGACGACCAGCCGUCCUGCCUGCGCUUCCCGCGUGGCAACGGCCUGGGAGUGGACUUUGCCGCCUAUGGCGUGUCCGAGAAGCUGAAGGGAACCCCCUGGCAGAUCGGCAAGGGAGUGGUAAGGAAGGGCGGCAAGGACGUGGCCUUGGUGUGCUAUGGGACCAUGACCAACAACGGCCUGGCAGCCGCUGAGAUGCUGGAAAAGAGCGGCGUCACCGCCACCGUCGCAGACAUGCGGUUCUGCAAGCCGUUGGACAUGCCGCUGCUGCGGCAGAUGGCGCGCGAGCACCCGGUCAUGAUCACCGUUGAGGAGAACGGCAUCGGCGGCUUUGGCUCCCACGUGAUGCACAACCUGGCGCUGGAGGGUCUGCUGGACGGCAACCUCAAGUUUCGGCCCAUGACGCUGCCGGACCGAUUCAUCGAGCACGGCAGCCAGACCGACCAGCUGGCUGAGGCCGGCCUCUCCGCCUCCCACAUUGCCGCCACCGCGCUCACGCUGCUCGGCCGAAAGAAGGACAGCGUCGCUCUCCUCCAGAAUGGCUGGACUGCCCGCCUCUGA